AUGCCUCGCCGCAAAAUAGGAGCAGACCUCAAAGAGGCGCUGUGCAAGCUCUACGAAGCGGGAGACAUCAGUGCCGACACGAUUGAGAAGCACGGCAUCAUGUCGCGCGCCACCUUCUUCCGCAACCUCAAGAUGUACAAGAGCGGCGCAAGCCUCGAGCAGCGACACAGCACCGGCCGCAAGACCAACGCAGACAAGCUCAAAGAGCAAGAGAAGCUCGAGCUGGACGCGCUUCGACCCCUGCACCUCUCCCACCUCGAGCUCGUCCUGCUGCUCGAUGAGGACGACAAAGGUCUGCAGGAAGGCUCGGCACGGAACAAGAGGAAGGCAAAGGGGACUGCAACCAGUUCCAAGAGGAGAGACCUCGGGAAGAGCGCAGCUGGAGAAGCAACCCGCAGCGAGGGCCUAGCUAUGAGGGACGAGUCAGGCUCAGAAAGCGAUGUGGACUCCGAUGACGCCGCCACCCUCGCCAAGCAUCAGGCGCUCGCGAAGCUCAGGCAAGCUGCAAGGUCGUUCUUGGCCGCUGACGGCGUCGCAAGUUCGUCUCGUGGCGUGGACCAGAGCACGAUGGAUGACAGGAGUGGCAUCAACGACCUCGACUCUCUUCUGAAGCCCGAAGACAGCCAUUACUCGCACGUCAAUCGAGGUGCACUUUUCAUCGUGAAACCCAAGGGCGAGGUCAGGGAAGAUGGGCCGACAGGCGGUAUCAUCGCAGCCAUCGCCUUGCGCUCUCUGAUUUGGACGCCGGAAAUCUAUCAAGCGCUGGGACCCAGCUAUGCCGGCCGCAGCAUCGAUAGGAUCUGCAACCUCGUACAUCUGCGCGUCGAUGCGCGCUGGCAGCGCCAAGGCAUCGGCCGAUGGCUCGUCAACGUCGCUGGACUCAAAGCGGCCAAGCUUGGCUUUUCUCACCUCUACACGCAAAGCGCCUCCGGUCGAGCCGAACUGCUCUCGUUCUGGCAACGCACGGGCUUCACCGAGUUUGCUCGAUUCGACGACAUUGCCAGGUUCGAGCAGGUUGCUACGGCCGCGACGGUGCCGGCGAAUGCGCAAUCUGAGCCGACCAAGCCGGCCAGGCGAGCAACACAUGCAACUUCGGCUUCUUCUUCUUCUGCACCUCCUCGCAGGACAAUAGCCUACGCCAACGACCACGCGGCAGCGAGGCAGUCGAGUCCUCAGAGACAGAUGCCUGGCCAGACUGGACCAGACGCGGUGCAGGUCAAUCAGCUGACGGCGGAACUCGAUCUGCCAAUUCCGUUGGAUCCAUCCAUAUCAUCCAAUUCCGUGGAUCAAAGCUUGCUGGCUGGGGCUGAAAGAGCGGAACCGAUCGCAACUUCCGUUCCUUAUGCAGCACCGGCAUCGGCUGCAGCACGGGCUGGGGAUCCGACGGACACAGCGUCUCAGUCUGUCAAGAUGGCGUCCACAGCGACUGCAGCUGGCUCCGCGAUGCCCUCGAACGAGCCACCACGCGCUGUGGUCGGCCCUCCGCCAAGAAGGAUCGCGUUUCACGAGGCUGCCGAUGUCGAAAGCGGUAGACCUCGUCACUGA